AUGCUCCCUGAUAAACGUUGCCAGGCAGCAAACGCACAAGUGUGCUCAGGAAAAUCAGGGAGCACUCCCUUCUACGAGGAGCAACACGUCUAUAAAACUAUGAGGGCUCACCCGGAAGAGCUUCUAACGGUGCUUUUACGGGGCUACGGAACUGCUGGACCGUGGGGGUGGCUGACGCUGCUCCUGGUAGCUUGCGCGGCAUGGGCCUCUGAAAUCACUUUCGAGCUGCCUGACAAUGCCAAACAAUGUUUUUACAAGGAGAUUGUCCAGGGCACAAAGUGCACCCUCGAAUUUCAGGUGAUCACUGGAGGUCAUUAUGAUGUGGACUGUCAGUUGGAAGGUCCUGAUGGUUCUGUAUUAUACAGAGGGAUGAAGAAACAAUAUGAUAGCUUCACAUUUACUGCAUCCAGAAAUGGAACAUACAAAUUCUGCUUCAGCAAUGAGUUCUGUACUUUCACACACAAAACUGUGUACUUUGAUUUCCAGGUUGGAGAAGAUCCACCACUGUUUCCUAGUGAGAACAGAGCAACUGCACUUACUCAGAUGGAGUCUGCGUGUGUUUCAAUUCAUGAAGCUCUGAAAUCUGUCAUUGAUUAUCAGACUCAUUUCCAGUUGAGAGAAGCACAAGGCCACAGCAGAGCAGAGGAUUUAAACACAAGAGUAGUCUAUUGGUCAAUAGGGGAGGCAAUCAUUCUUCUUGUAGUUAGUGUUGGGCAGGUAUUUCUCCUCAAAAGCUUCUUCUCAGAUAAAAGAACCACAACAACCCGUGUUGCAUCAUAA